AUGGAUGUCCUGACUCACAUACUCACAGACCCUCUUGAGCCUAAGGAAGAAGAAGAUGGUCAGAUCACUGAGGAAUGCAUGUUGGGUAGCUGCAGGGUCAGCCUUCCUGAGGAACUACUUGAAGAUCCUGAAAUCUUCUUCUCUGUGAUGAGUGAAAGCACGUGGACUGAAGUGUUGUCAGAUUCCCAACGGCAACAUCUCAGUCAAUUUUUGCCACAAUUCCCUGACAAUAACAGAAAAGAGCAGGACCGUGUCAUAGAUGACCUUUUCAACAACAGAAAUUUUCAUUUUGGAAAUCCUUUACAUCUUGCUCAAAAGUUAUUCAGAGAUGGUUACUUCAAUCCUGAAGUGGUCAAAUACAGACAGCUCUGUGCCAAGUCUCAGCAAAGACGACAGUUGUACUCUCUUCAGCAGUAUUACCACAGGCUGCUCAAACAAAUUCUAGUCUCCCGAAAGGAAUUAUUGGAUUAUGCAGUUGUCAAUGGUCUGGACUUUCCACCAAAGAGAAAGUUACAGACAAGGAAUCAUACUGAAAUACGAGAACAAAAAGUUCAAAGAAGACUGCGGCGCAUUUUAAAGGAGGUUAAAACUGAAUGUGGCGACAGUAAUGCUUCAUCUGAUGAUGACGAUCUGAUGUUGUGGACACCAGCGCCACAAUCGCCUUCGUCCCCAACAACUACUGUGUCACUCAAAGUCGUGCCCAGCCUCUCCACCCAAGACAUGAAGACCAUUGAUAAACUCCAGCUUGGAGAGAAGGACUUGAAGGCCAUGCUACAAAACCAUCGGGAGAAGAGAAAGCGACAACCAGAUCAUCCAGACUUGAUGACUUCAGAUAUCCACCUCAGUGAUAUUCUUACCCGAGCAAAUAUCGGCCGCAAAGCAUCCUUACCGCUUUUUGAGCUGUCUCUGCCGAAGAAAAAAAUCAAAGAGGAACGAAGAAAGAAAAAAAUGAGAACAGUGAAAGUGGAAACCGAGGAUCCCUGUGACGCACUUUCUUCAGAUGUCCAAGCAGCUCCUCUCACAAACAUCAUCAACUCCAUGCCGGACCCACCAUUGACGCCACUGGCCAACAUCAAGGAAGAAAUCUUGGAGGAGCCUCCUUGCAGCCCUGUCGUCAUAGAAGAACUAGCUGUCAGUUUCUUCAGUUUGUUGGAGACCAUCUUGAGGACGGAACACCUCACCAGCACUUCAAUGUUGGAGGAGAAAGUCCAAAUGUGGCAGCUGUCUCCAGCGAGCUCACUCAACGCCUGGUUUUCGUCUGCCUCCUGCUGGUCUGACUUGGUUCUCCAUGCAUUGCAGUUUCUGUCAGGAGAGAGUAAAGAAGGUGUCAUGGCUCUACCCAGUGGCUUCCUGCCAUUUGUGGAAUUUGUCGAUGAAACCCAACAGUGGAAGUGGAUCGGCCCCACUCAUGAUGCAGAGAAGGAUUUAAUUGCGCUCUGUCAACUCUGGCUGGAUUCCAAAGAUUUGGUAGUCAAGACUGAAAUUGAAGAGUUGACCGAGUUAACACCCCCAAUGCCACGAGUUUCAACUGAUUAUGUGGUGAGACCCAGCACUGGAGAUGAGAGGCAGCUUUUCCAAAUUCAGGAGCAGCAGCGAUACAACCAACCCCACAAAGCCUUUACGUUCCGCAUGCAUGGCUUUGAAUCGGUGGUGGGGCCCGUUAAGGGAGUGUUCGAUAAGGAAAUGUCCCUCAAUAAAGCCCGUGAGCAUACGCUGCUGCGUUCCAAUCGCCCGCCAUACGUCACCAUCCUAUCUCUGGUGAGGGACGCAGCGGCCAGGCUACCCAAUGGAGAAGGAACGCGAGCGGAGAUCUGUGAACUGCUAAAGGACUCGCAGUUUCUUGCCCCUGAUGUCACAAGCGCACAGGUAAACACUGUUGUCAGCGGUGCUCUGGAUAGACUGCACUACGAGAAGGAUCCCUGUGUAAAGUAUGAUAUCGGACGCAAACUGUGGAUUUACCUGCACCGCAACCGCAGUCAGGAAGAAUUUGAGAGGAUCCACCAAGCUCAAGCGGCUGCCGCAAAAGCCAGAAAAGCGCUGCAGCAGAAACCCAAACCAGCAUCCAAACCUAAAUCUGGCAACAAAGAUGGAGCCGGAAAAAUAGCUGGAUGUUUGGAAGCAGGACAGGAUAUACCUGUAAAUUGCGGUCCCAUGUCACCGACACCAUCAACACCUACUUCAAACACACCUGGGACUCCAAAGUCGCCCUUGCCCUGCACGGUCCCCGCUUCAACUAAGACCACAGUUCCUGAUGCAAUCAAAUCUAGCCCAGGUGUUCUGCUGGUGUCUCCCCCCUCCUUGCCCCAGAUGGGAUCCAUUUUACCUGCCAGCCAGGCCAGUCCAGCCACAUCGCAGCCCGUCUCAUCCCAACACGCAGCCCGGAUUGUCAGUCACCUGUCAGCGGGCUCCAUCCCUCAGGUGCGGGUAGUUUCCGCUCAGCCUGGUCUGGGUUCCCCACCGGGAAGUCAGCAAGCUGCUUUGGUUCAUCAGAACGCUCAUCAAAUCAGAAUGCCGGUUUCUGUGGCAGCCAAGGGCAUCUCACAGACAGUGGUGUCGGUACCUCUAAGGAGCCAGCCCGGUAGUCCCGUGCAGGUGCCUAACACCCUGUCGGUUUCCACGGUAACUGUGCCCAAACCUCAGAAUGUAUCACCCGGCAGCCCGGCCGGGAACCCAACAUCCCAGCCGGCUAUGCUCCAAGGAGUUGGCGGUCAAAACAUCAAACAGGUAUCCAUAACAGGCCAAUUAGGAGUGAAAUCUCCUGGAGCAGCAGGAAUUCCACUCACUGCCACAAACCUCCGGAUACAAGGUAAAGAUGUUUUGCGUCUCCCACCCUCCUCCAUCACCACGGACGCCAAGGGCCAGACCGUUCUCCGGAUCACGCCGGACAUGAUGGCCACGCUCACCAAAUCUCCCGUGGCGACAGUCAAACUCAGCCCCGAUUUCUUGGGCACGGCAGCCGCUGGCGGUAGCAAGAGCAUAUCGGCCACCCUCCACGUCACGCCUCCUCACCCGUCCGUUUCGGCCGCCGCCUCCUGCACAGGCGAGGUUCCCACCACCAAAACCACACCCAUGGGUUCUACUUUGCUAAAGGCUGGGGGGGACACGGCCAUACGCUUGAUGCCUACUCUGGCUGUCACCGUGGCUGACCAGAAAUCUCGUAGUUUCUCUACCGUAACCUCCCCGGACAAGAGCGGCACUACCAUCCGAAUCAUGCCAGGCCUCGGAGUGAUCCCGCAGAAGCAAGGUCAGGCCAUUGCGAUGACGUCCGGGGGUGGCAAGCCCUCGACCGUCUCCACCUGCGCCAACGUCGUGACCAUGGCCGCCAGCGCGGUGGCAGGCGCGAAGGGCAUGGCGGUGGCUUCGGGGGCCUCAACUUCUCCUCUGAAACUGGGAACGGCCACGGCAACCAUGCGACAAGUGCCUGCCCCUGUGGUCAACACACAGACAGGAAAGUUACCAGCACGCAUUACAGUUCCUCUUUCUGUCCUCAACUCACCUCUAAAGAGCAAAAGUGUGGUGACCACGCCAAUUGUGAAGGGGAGUCUCAACACAAAUAUCGGCAGCUUGGGGAGGAACAUCAUCUUGACCACAAUGCCUGCAGGCACCAAGCUGAUAGCUGGUAACAAACCAGUCAGCUUUGUUACAGCACAGCAGUUCCAGCAGCUGCAGCAGCAAGGACAAGCUACACAGGUUCGCAUUCAGACAGUUCAGGCACAGCAGCUGCAGCAGCACAUGGCGGCAGCUUCCCCGAAACCCGUCUCCACGGUCGUCGUCACAACGGCACCUUCGUCAAAGUGUCCGCCGGAUCAUCCGCCUGUACCUCCUCAGUGA